GUCGCGUCCCCCCCACGCGCCGGCGGCCGUGGUGCAGCCCAAGGCGGAAGCGGCUGCUGGACACACCGGGCUCCCGAGUGCAGCUAUGGCUGCGGGUGUCCCCUGUGCGCUUGUCACCAGCUGCUCCUCCACCUUCACUGGAGACCGGCUGGUCCAACACAUCCUUGGAACAGAAGAUCUUCUUGUGGAAGCCACUGCCAAUGAUGCUGUGAGAUUUUAUCCUUGGACCAUUGAUAAUAAGUACUAUUCAGCCGACAUCAAUCUAUGUGUAGUGCCGAACAAGUUUCUUGUCACUGCAGAGAUUGCAGAGUCUGUCCAAGCAUUUGUGGUUUACUUUGACAGCACACAAAAAUCUGGUCUUGAUAGUGUCUCCUCAUGGCUUCCCCUGGCAGAAGCAUGGUUACCUGAGGUGAUGAUCUUGGUCUGCGAUAGAGUGUCUGAGAAUGGUGUAAACCGACAAAAAGCUCAAGAAUGGUGUAUAAAACAUGGCUUUGAACUGGUAGAACUUAGUCCGGAAGAGUUACCUGAGGAGGAUGGAAAGGUGUGCACGGAGUGGUGUCAUCCCCACUUUGCUGUGAUAAAGCAUGACUUCCCAGAAUCUACAGGAGUAAAGCGAAUUGUUCAAGCCUUGAAUGCCAAUGUCUGGUCCAAUGUAGUGAUGAAGAAUGAUAGGAACCAAGGCUUUGGCCUUCUCAGUUCAUUGGCUGGAGCAAACCAUAGCAUUGGAUCAGCAGACCCUUGUCACUCAGAGCAGCCCCGUUUGCCAGCAGCAGAUAGGACUGAAUCCCUCCUGGAUCGUCGGAGUGGUGCAGCUAAUACAGCAGAUGCUCAGGUCGAUAGCAUUGUGGAUCCUAUGUUAGAUAUGGAUAUUCAAGAAUUAGCCAGUCUUACUACGGGCGGAGGAGAUUUGGAGAAUUUUGAAAGACUGUUUUCAAAGUUAAAGGAAAUGAAAGACAAGGCUGCGACGCUUCCUCACGAGCAGAGAAAGUUGCAUGCAGAAAAGGUUGCCAAAGCCUUCUGGAUGGCAAUUGGGGGAGACAGAGAUGAAAUCGAAGGCCUUUCAUCUGAUGAAGAACACUAAAUUACUCCUACUAGGGUUUGACUAACAAAGAUGCUAACUCGCACUACCUGAGAUACUUUCCUGUCAACCCCAUUACGUUUUGCUGAACUUUCCAUCAUCCUGUUGGCUGCCAGAUUUGUUCAUAGGAUCCUCUUAAUUUUAGUUUUUAGUAGAGGGUUAAGGAGAAAGUAUUUCUCCCUCAGGAUAUUGUAAAGGAGUGAGGAGUAUAAUGAUAGUAAGGACUGAUAAUUUUUCAGAUAUGCUUUUUUGUUCUAGGAAUGGAAGGGAAUGAGAGGCUCAGAGGUUGUGUGUGAUUUGCCCAAGUUAAAGAAGAAGCCACUCUUAGUCAGCUUUGCUGGUGCAUGCCCUGUGGUCACACUUGAUGACGCAGAUCAGGAGCUUGUGCCGCCUUUCCUGGGUGUUCUGGAUCUUCUGCUUCUGAGGAGCUUGCUGCUCUGAGCUUCGAUGCUUUUGCAUCAAAAGAAAGGAAGCAGCUGCGGAUUCAAUUUGUGCUGUAGUAUAGGUUGGGGCCAGUGGCAGUGGCCCUCAGGUUAAUAUCUAGCUAAAAAGUUGCUCUGGGCAUUUCAAUUAAAGUAUAGUGUCUGAGAAAUUCUAGAAAGUAUUGAGGAGCCAGUGUAACAUUUUAGACUAUAAUAAAUGAGGCAAAGGUUUCCUACUCUGGUAGGGAUAAGACAGAUCCCUUUACAAAGUUGGGGGGUGAGGGGAGUGGGUGCGGUUGCAUGUGUGUAAGAGACAGAGAGGAACUUAAGUAAUUCCCUAUAAUGGGCCGUUGAAACAGACUGUGAUCACAUACGGAAGUUUUGGCAUUGCCUUUAUCAUGAAUAAACUCUUCUUCCUUAGAGUUUUCUUGAGAUGUCAGAGCUGUGUUGUCACACUUUACACCCUCCUCUCUGAAAGACCACUGCCUAAUAGUAAUACUAAGGAGUGAUUAAGGUAAAAAAGGAUGUGAAAAUAUUAGGCAGUGAGUCCCUGAGUACCUUGUGUUACUUCCUGGGCUGAGUGGGUCAGCCCCUGGGGAACUUAUCACCAAAAGGAAAGUUUCCAAAGGAAGAGUUGGAGAUGACUGGAUCAGCCAUUCAUUAGGAAUAUAAGGAAAGUUAGCUCCUUGCUGCAAAAUAAAAGGUGGAACAUGUUUUUCUUAAAAUAUGAGAGGUUUUAGAAAAUACAUUAGGAUCAUUGGUUAGAGAAAACAGACUAAAAAAAAGCUGUGAACUUGAUUUUGUGGCUUAAACCAAGCCAGAUGAUUAAAAUGUGAUUUGCAUAUAAA